AUGAAAUUCCUCAUCCCCCUUUCCGUCCUGGCUUCGGCUCUUCAGCUCACCUCGGCAGCCCCUGCCGCAGGCCUCAACGCCUUGCACGUCCGAGACCCCUCGGAAGGGCAGGCUCGUGCUGCCUCCAAGUGCUCGAACAGUCAGUUCCUGAAUCUCAAGAGUAAGUUGAGACCUUUGACUGCUCUCCACACCAACUGCUCCCGCUCCGGAGCUGACCCCUCGCGUGCUGCACCCCCUUUCAAGCCAACAAGUCUCAAGAUUGCUCAAAAACGUUCCCCCGUGCUUCGGCCUGCAACAAGGACGGACCUUUGGGGUGCAAGCUUGGUAACCUUGAGGGGGGCAAAUGCGAACUCGCAAAGUGCAAGAUUGAGAGCGCGUCCUACCUCUCGGACGAUGGUAAGCUUUGGGCUUCAUCUAGGCCGGUGUCUUCGCCAGCCUGCAGGCUGGUUUCAGCCAGAGACUGAAGAGCCACUUUCUCUUUCUCCAGGCCGAAGGUGCUUGCGAUGCAAGGACAAGGGUGCGUCGGAAUGCACUGCGACAGAGUCGUUGGACUGCAAGAAGGGUUACCUUCUAUCGGACAAGCGGGUCUGCGUCAAGGUCACCUGCACUCCGCCCAAGGUGUUGUCUCAAGACCGUAAGCCCAUUUGGUCACCUUGACCCUGAGAACCGCCUUCUUUUGAGCCUAAGUUGAGCGUAAAUCUUAUCGCCUCUUCUUGACAUUUUGAUAGAAAACGGAUGCUGCUUGGACCCCAACGCUUCGGCUUGCUCCGAUACCCAAGCUUCGACAGCGUGCAAGUCCGGCUACCAGCUCAAGAAUAACUUCUGCAGGCUCAUCGUGUGCAAGGCCCCGCUCGCAAUCGUGUCUGACGAUAGUGAGUUUUCAUGAUCGGUUGCGAAAAGUACAACAUCCCCUGAUUACACCACGUAAUUUGGGCCAUUACGAUCAGAUACCGGCUGCUGCUUCGACCCGCAUGCGACAAAGUGCUCCGACCGAAUCACCUCGACCUCGUGCGCAGUCGGGUACAAGCUUGAUCGUAACGAGUGCAAGGUCGACGAGACGCGCACUUGCAAGCCUCCACUUUCUGUCUACUCUGACGAUAGUAGGUCCCAGGAACAUCUCGAGGAGAGACUGUCUCGAUUUACGACUGACCAGUACGCCCUGGCUCGAUAUCUGUUGUCACAGAGAACGGCUGCUGCUUCGAUCCCCACGCCACCAAGUGCUCCGAUCGCAUCACGUCGACAGCAUGCGCCGCUGGAUACAAGCUCGACGUCAAUGAAUGCAAAGCCAUCGUAUGCACAGCCCCUCAAUCGGUCGUCUCCGAUGACAGUGAGUGAUUCUCCUAUACCCUAGCGGCAAAUUUCGUACAUGGCUGACCCAAUAGGCGCCAUUCUCUCCAUGAUGAUCUCGAAGACACGGGAUGUUGCUUCGAUCCGCAAGCAACCAAAUGUUCGACCCCCGAAGUAGCAACGGCUUGCACCGAUCUCCUUGACGUGGACGGAAACGUGUGCACCAAGAAUGCCGUUUGCCCUGUACCGACCUACAAGCCCAGACACGGUCAGUGCCUACAACCGCCGUCCUCGAGGCUCUCACCCCACUUUUCAACACAAUUCAGUUUCACUUACUUUUUCUUUCAUCUUCGUAGAUACGGGCUCCAACUGCUGCAUGGACCCUUACGCCACGGCCUGCUUCAACGACUUCAAGUCGACCGCUUGCUUAAAGGGCCGACGUUUGGGCAAAGGGGUUUGCGUGCCUCCCAAGUGUGAGGCGCCUUACGUCCAAUCCCAAGACGGUACGUCAACUCUACUAGAUUGCCCCUGGAGUUUUCGAGAUCAAGUUCUGUUCACUGAUCAUGCUAUGUCUUCGGCCGUCGAUUCGAAUCUUCACAGAUAGCGGAUGCUGCACCGACCCGUACGCGACCGCCUGUUCGUCUGCCUCGGUGUCGACCAAGUGCAGGCGAGGCUACCGCACCUUGGGCACCAAGUGCGUCAAGUGUUGA